CGACGUUGGAUAAGAUGCUUUAUGCUCGCUAGCAGCUAGCUUCAGUUUGGGUGUUUACUUCGAUAUCUUUGUGUUUAUCAUCAGCAAUUAAUAAUUCGUUUUGUGUGUUUACUUGCGUCGUUUUGAUCUUUAAAUCGCAAUGUAAUUGCGCCAAAACCUGGUGUUGUUUUGUAUCGCUAGCUGGCUAGGCUUGAAGUUACUAGCGUUUGCUAGCUGAAUCCCACUCAUCCGUGUACAGGUGGCAUUAUCACUGAGAUAGUCUUUGAUUAACGUUAAACAUCGUGUAUAUCGUAUUCGUAACCGUCUGUCACACCCAUUCAUGCGCUUUAGGAUAAUACUUUGGAAACAUGUUUAUGCCAAGAGCACUGAAGGUGAAGAGACCAACAGACAACACAAGUCAGGUGCUUAAGAAGAAGUGCAAGGUGAGCCAGGAGGGAGAAAAGGAAGGCAGCGAUGGCACAGGACAACCCCCCAACCACAGCCUAAAGACUUCCACUACAGCUCCCUAUGAGAGUGUAGAGACAGACAUGAACGCUGAGACACAGGUGAAGCCUGAUGACCAGGACACACACCUUCCAACCCUAGAGCAGGGUACAUGGAGUCCUGUACGAGCACCAGAGGACCAUCAGUCCUCAGACUCUGAGUCCAGCACCGAGGAAAGCGAAGAAGAGGAGCCUGUAAAAUCCUUCAGAAAGAGCCAGAGAUGGCCCGAACCGGGGGAGCCCGUCUGCGUCAUGUGUGCUCGCUUCGGGGAGUACAUCUGCGACAGCACUGACAAUGAUGUGUGCAGCCUAGAGUGCAAGGCCAGUCACCUGGCUAAAAUGGGCAUGGGCACAGGGGACGAUGCCUUUAACCGAGAUGACACAGAGGAGAAGAGGACUUCACAAUGUGGACAGCCAGCCGUUGACAGAGCUGGCAAUACUGUUGAGGAUGUAUACAAGGACUAUUCCUACAAGGAAGAUGCAUUUAUCUCUGGGUUGACAGAGGAGCAAGUGCAGCGAGUAAAGCAGGAGCUGGGCAUUGUGACAGAGGGCAGGGAGGUGGGCAGACCCAUCAUAGAGUUUGAGCAAUGUAACCUUCCCUCAACUCUCAGUGCCAACCUGAAGAAGGCAGGGUAUGAGGCGCCCACCCCUGUUCAGAUGCAGAUGGUGCCUGUUGGCUUGGCUGGCAGGGACGUGAUUGCCAGUGCUGACACGGGUUCUGGGAAGACGGUGGCCUUUCUGCUGCCAGUGGUAGUGUGUGCUUUGAAGAGGCUAGUGGAGGGUGGUCUCGGUGGUCCAGCAGCUCUCAUCCUGACCCCCACCAGGGAGCUGGCCAUCCAGAUCGAGAGGCAGACCAAGGAGCUGGUGAUGGGCCUACCUAACAUGAGGACUGGCCUGCUGGUGGGAGGCAUGCCCCUGCCCCCGCAGCUCCACCGCCUCAAGAGCACCAUCAAGAUAAUAAUUGCUACCCCAGGACGACUGCUGGAGAUCCUGAAACAGAAGGCAGUGCAGUUGGAUGGAGUGAGGAUUGUGGUGGUUGAUGAGGCAGACACCAUGCUGAAGAUGGGCUUUCAGCAGCAGAUCCUGAAGGUUCUGGAGAACAUCCCGGAGGAGCACCAGACCCUGCUAACAUCCGCCACCAUCCCCAAGGGCACAGAGCAGCUGGCAGCCCGACUGACCCAGGACCCGGUACGUAUCGCCAUCGGGGACAGGAACCAGCCCUGCGCCGACAUCCGCCAGAUAGUGCUCUGGGUGGAGGAGCCCUCCAAGAAGAAGAAGCUCUUUGAGAUUUUAAAUUGGGAAUUCCCGCAGUAUCCUGAAGACUCCCACUGGGCGAUAUUAAGACAGCUGUCGCCCUGCCCCCCCUCUCCAGAGGAAAUGGGUGGGCCCUCAGCCAUGGCUUUGCUCCAGGAAACUGAACAACGGUUCAUACCAUCUAUAUAAGGUAGGGAGCGGGAAGAGCCUGUACUUUCACAGACCCUUUGGCAAAAUGGCAUUAGAUCUGCUUAGAUCAAUGUUACCAUCCAGGGGGAUGUUGACUUGUACUCCUAUAUUUGACCUGCAACCCACAGUCUAUUUUCCAACUAUUUAAAUACUUGUUUUCUUCUAUACUAAACAAAAAUAUAAACCCAAUUAUGUGCUGAAAUAAAAAAUAACAGAAAAUGUUUCUUGCGCACAAAAAGCUUACCUCUAAAAGUUUCUGCACAAAUUUGUUUACUUCCGUGUUAGUGAGCAUUUCUCCUUUACCAAGAUAAUCCAUCCACCUGACAGCUGUGGCAUAUGAAGAAGCUGAUUAAACGGCAUGGUCAAUACACAGGUGCACCUUGUGCUGGGGACAAUAAAAGGCCACUCUAAAAUGUGCAGUUUUGUCACGCAACACAAUACCACAGAUGUCUCAAGUUUUAAGGGAGCGUGCAAUUUCAUGCCGACUGCAGGAAUGUCCAUCAGAGCUGUUGCCAGAGAAUUAAACGGUUUGUCGAGAUCGGUGUGGAAGAACCUGACCUCAGCCCUAUCGAACACCUUUUGGAAUUGGAACGUCGAUUGCGAGCCAGGCCUAAUCGCCCAACAUCAGUGCCCGACCUCACUAAUGCUCUUGUGGCUGAAUGGAAGCAAGUCCCUGCAGCAAUGUUUCAACGUCUAGUGGAAAGCCGUCCCAGAAGAGUGGAGGCUGUUAUAGCAGCAAUGUUCCAACGUCUAGUGGAAAGCCGUCCCAGAAGAGUGGAGGCUGUUAUAGCAGCAAUGUUCCAACGUCUAGUGGAAAGCCGUCCCAGAAGAGUGGAGGCUGUUAUAGCAGCAAUGUUCCUACAUCUAGUGGAAAGCCUUCCCAGAAGAGUGGAGGCUGUUAUAGCAGCAAUGUUCCAACGUCUAGUGGAAAGCCGUCCCAGAAGAGUGGAGGCUGUUAUAGCAGCAAUGUUCCAACAUCUAGUGGAAAGCCGUCCCAGAAGAGUGGAGGCUGUUAUAGCAGCAAUGUUCCAACAUCUAGUGGAAAGCCGUCCCAGAAGAGUGGAGGCUGUUAUAGCAGCAAUGUUCCAACAUCUAGUGGAAAGCCGUCCCAGAAGAGUGGAGGCUGUUAUAGCAGCAAUGUUCCAACGUCUAGUGGAAAGCCGUCCCAGAAGAGUGGAGGCUGUUAUAGCAGCAAUGUUCCAACGUCUAGUGGAAAGCCGUCCCAGAAGAGUGGAGGCUGUUAUAGCAGCAAUGUUCCAACGUCUAGUGGAAAGCCGUCCCAGAAGAGUGGAGGCUGUUAUUGCAGCAAUGUUCCAACGUCUAGUGGAAAGCCGUCCCAGAAGAGUGGAGGCUGUUAUUGCAGCAAUGUUCCAACGUCUAGUGGAAAGCCGUCCCAGAAGAGUGGAGGCUGUUAUAGCAGCAAUGUUCCAACGUCUAGUGGAAAGCCGUCCCAGAAGAGUGGAGGCUGUUAUAGCAGCAAUGUUCCAACGUCUAGUGGAAAGCCUUCCCAGAAGAGUGGAGGCUGUUAUAGCAGCAAUGUUCCAACGUCUAGUGGAAAGCCUUCCCAGAAGAGUGGAGGCUGUUAUAGCAGCAAUGUUCCAACGUCUAGUGGAAAGCCUUCCCAGAAGAGUGGAGGCUGUUAUUGCAGCAAUGUUCCAACGUCUAGUGGAAAGCCUUCCCAGAAGAGUGGAGGCUGUUAUAGCAGCAAUGUUCCAACGUCUAGUGGAAAGCCUUCCCAGAAGAGUGGAGGCUGUUAUAGCAGCAAUGUUCCAAAUCUAGUGGAAAGCCGUCCCAGAAGAGUGGAGGCUGUUAUAGCAGCAAUGUUCCAACGUCUAGUGGAAAGCCUUCCCAGAAGAGUGGAGGCUGUUAUAGCAGCAAUGUUCCAACAUCUAGUGGAAAGCCUUCCCAGAAGAGUGGAGGCUGUUAUAGCAGCAAUGUUCCAACGUCUAGUGGAAAGCCGUCCCAGAAGAGUGGAGGCUGUUAUAGCAGCAAUGUUCCAACGUCUAGUGGAAAGCCUUCCAACUCCAUAUUAUGAGAUGUUCAAUGUAAUGUAUUGUAUUUCCUCAUUACCUGUGUGUUUGUUUUGCCCACU